ACAGCACACACACAUUUCAAACACCAUCUUGCCUCCAAAAGAAGAAGCACUAGCUAGCUUGCCUCUAGCCACCAUUGUUCUCGCCUACAACUCUCACAAUGCUGAGCACCACAUCACACCACAGCAGCAGGCAGCAGCACGCGUUCGACAAAAGCAGCCCAAACCACCACCAUGCAGCGGCCAGGAAGAAGGGCAGCAUAGACAGGAAGCUGCAGCUGCAGGCGAUGAGCCACGCGAGCAAGUAUCUGCAGAGAAUGCUCAUCUACCCGCCGGGCCUCGUCGGGGGCGGCGUCCGGCGGAGUGGCUCCGGCCUCUCGCUGUCAUCGCUGUCGCUGUCGCAGAACUCGAGCGACUCGUCGCUGAGUAGCUCUAACUCCAGCAGCUGGGAGCCCAAGGUGCCGCUGCUCUACGGCGGCACCUUCAGCCCCUGGGGUGAUGUGCUCGUGUCCCUGGAUAGGAGGAGGGGCGAGGACGACGACGACGAUGACAAGGUGAGCGGCCGUGAUGUGGAGGGCGAGGAGUUUGAGUGCGGCAGUGAGCCCGGGAGUUUGCAUAGGUGCAGCUGGAUCACCAAGAAUAGUGAUGAGGCGUACGUCCAGUUCCACGACGAGUCAUGGGGCGUCCCGGUGUACAACGACAACCAACUGUUCGAGCUGCUGGCGCUGUCAGGGAUGCUGAUAGACCACAACUGGACAGAGAUCCUCAAGAGGAGGGACAUGUACAUGGAAGCGUUUGCGAAAUUUGACCCCAACGUGGUAGCAAAGAUGGACGAGAACGACAUCGCCGCGCUCAGCGCCAACAAGGAGCUCAAGCUGGCCGAGUGCAGGGUGCGGUGCGUCAUAGAGAACGCAAAGUGCAUAAGGAAGGUGGCGAAGGAGUUUGGGUCGUUCAGCGGGUACAUCUGGGGCCACAUGAACCACCGGCCGAUGGUGGGCAAGUACAGGCACCACAAGUACAUCCCGCUCCGGACGCCCAAGUCGGAGGCGGUGAGCAAGGACCUCAUCCGGCGGGGAUUCCGGCUCGUCGGCCCUGUCAUCGUCUACAACUUCAUGCAGGCCUCCGGCAUGGUCAUCGACCACCUUGUCGGCUGCUUCCGGUUCUCCGAGUGCGUCCGCCUCGCCGAGCGCUCCUGGGGAAUCACCAACGUCGCCACGUAGACGUAGCCCACUAGCCGAGCCCGACAAUGCCAGCCUCCGGCUCGAUAUCCCAAUGUUUCCCUUACAAGUUUUCAUCUCUUCAGGACGCACAAGAGAGUUGCGUAGUACCUGUGUGUUAUUUAUACCUUUUUUUUUGGAUUUAUUAGUAUUAAAUGGGUUGUGGAAUAUGUGUAGUAGAGUAGUACUAAAUUAUGUUUUUCUUACUGCUACUAGUGGUAGUCAUGGUUUGUAAAUUCCAAGAAUUUAAGUUUUUCAAAUAAGUUAAACAAUA